AUGUGUUUGCAAGGAGCUGAUAACGUGAGGAUGAACAUAGAGAUGAUGAACAUGGAAAGGAUGAACACGGAAAUGAUGAACAUUGAGAGGAUGAACAUGGAGAGGAUGAACAUAGAGAAGACAAACAUGGAGAGGAAGAACAUGAAAAACAAAGUCAACCACCAUACCAUCAUCAUCAACAUCAACAACUACACCAACAACAUCAACAACAACAUCAACAACCCCACCAUAAUUAUCAACAACAACAUCAACAACCACAUCAACAACCCCACCAUAAUUAUCAACAACAACAUCAAAAACCACAUCAUCAUCAACAACAUCAACUACCCCACCAUCAUCAUCAACAACAACAACAACAACAACAACAACAACAGCAACAACAUCAACAGAAUUAACAAAGAAUGUAGAGACACUCUUAAUAAACUAACUUUGACAAUCAUAGCUAUAACAUAUAACAUAAACCAUCUGGAUUUGAACCAAAGUUUGAAUGUUUAA